AUGUCCUCAACGUCCGUGAGUUCCAGCACGACGGUGACUUCCUCCACAAGUUUGAGUACAACCAGCGGGAGCUCCAGCACUACCGUGUCCAGUACCACAUCAACAGGAUCCUCAACAACAGCUCACAGUACCACGGCGACCAGCAGCACCACGCUUACCCUGACCACCACCACGGGCAGCAGCACCACCGUGACCACCAGCAGCGCCACCAGCACCACCAGCGCGACUGCGUCCAGCAGCACCACGGGCAGCAGCACCACGGUCACUCCCAGGCGGUUCUCCCACGUCACGGCCACCGUGGGGCUCGCGCUGCCCGCCGCCGUCGAUGCGGCACAGGCGAAGAGCAUCGCUCAGUCCUCCGUGUCGUCGUUCCUGGGGGUCGCGGAGUCCCUCGUCAGCAUCGACUCGGUUACCACGGCGCGCCGACUGACGCAGAGGGGGGGGGUGGCAGUGCAGCGUCGACUCAAUUCGGUAGUGUACGACAUCGAGUACCGUGUCGAGGUGGAGGGAACUGACACGAGUGCUGUGAGUGCAGCCUUGGACAGUUUGACGAAUGACACCAGCCCUCUCGCCGCGGUAGUCCAGCAGACGAUGAAUGACCAAAGCGUGAGCGGGGCAUUUCUGGUCGAAUACGUGGGUGAGCCGGUCGAGGAACUGUGGAUGUAUACCACGGCAACCAUGACGUCAACGAUAAGCGUUACGUCAACUUCUGGCACGAUGUCGGAGUCAAGCAGUACGUCUUCAAGCACUACUACACGAAAGAUCUGCUACGCAGAUUCGAUACCUUACAUGCCGAACGUGGCAGAUAGUUCUUCGUGUGUCGGCAUCUUCAGUGGCACGAGUUGUUCGCCAGUCUGCAUCUCAGGGUACGAACUCGUCGCUCCGAUCACUUGCACGGAUACAAGUAACUCCAGUGAUACAUUCGGAGAGUUCGAAUUCAACCCUGUGGUUUGCGUGCCCGAGGCGCACGUCGAGGCGCUCGACUCAGCAGAUGUCUUGCUCGUGGAGGCCGCUCUCAUCGAAAGCGAAGCCAAUUCUAAUCUCAGUGCCGACUGGGCCGCAGGCGCCGAAGUACAGGCUGCGAUAAUCAGCGCGUUCAGCACGGCCCUUGAACUGUACGAGGGCCAGGUCUACAUAGCUUCGAUUGCAGAUCUGAACUCCGAUUCAGAGUCUGGCAUCCCAGCAUCGAGGCGCAUGACGACGGCGCAGGGGCUGUGGAUGAGAGUGCUGAUCCAGCUGUACCCCACAAACAGUGAGACAGACCUCAGGGCUAGCUUGGCCAACCUCGACACUAUCUGCAGGGAGCUCACAGCUGCCCUGCAGAACUUUGGCAUCGGCGUCCCGCCAGGUCUUGCCACAGCCUCGCUCGUCGUUGGCGUCCCUGCGUCCUCGACCGCCAUCGCUCCCGUGGCGCGCUGGGUGGCCCGCACGCAGUGGUCACUGUGCAGCAACGUGUGCGGCGAGGGGCAGCGCAUUCGCACGGUAGAGUGCCUGACCAACAGCACCGGCCUGUGCAACUCGAACGCCCCGCCGGAUUACACCAUGGAGUCGUUCAUGCCCGAAACCAUUGUUUGCCAGCAGUACACAGAAUGCCCCUACGACUGGACGUGCCCCAGUGGCAAGGAGCCCGUCACAGGCGGCGGCUGCGAGGUACAAGCCAGCCUCGUGAUAUGUGCGAUGGUCGUUUCUUUCUUCAUAGUAAGUUGUUGUCUAAUUCGGUAUGUUCGCAGAUUGAACGCGAGUAAGGCUCCCACAAAGGAGCAAUCAACCACCAGACUGGAUCCCAUGAGCGACAAGGGUGCUGAUAUCGAAUGGACGAGGGAAGAAGGAAUCGUCGACAAGAAAGGCAAGCAUAAAGCGACCGGCUGCGCCACUCUGACGCUGCAGUGCAGGACGGCUCGGGCGACUCUGACGCCACGCAGGACGGCUCGGGCCAGUGGAUCUGGACUUGAGCGGCGCAGUGGACUUUGA